AAAAAACAAAACUUUUGGCACUUUCUUGAAGAACAACCAUCCAUAUAUACACCCCAAAAUUCCACCCCAAAAGUCUAAACAGAGCCAUUGCCACCCCAAAAUUCCUCCCUCUAUAUUUUGGCCCCUUCCUGCCCUAAAAUCCCAAACCAAACAGAUAUCUGAAGCUUCAAGGAGAUCUCUGCUGGUUUCACUCACACCCUUUGCUCUCCACUUGUCCAUGUCUUACACUCUGCUACAGAUCUGACGUAAAACCUUUGAAGAAUGGAGCUUUCUCAUAGAUUUAGUAUCUGGGCUUUCACCAUUUUGUUGGUAUUUCAAUCUGUGUAUGGAUUUUAUCUUCCGGGUAGUUAUCCUCACAAGUAUGCUGUAGGGGAUGAGUUGUUUGUGAAGGUGAAUUCUUUGACUUCCAUUGAUACCGAAAUUCCGUUUAGCUAUUACAGUUUGCCAUUUUGUGAGCCCCCAAAUGGUAUUAAAGACAGUGCUGAGAAUCUCGGUGAGCUCCUCAUGGGGGAUCGCAUUGAGAAUUCUCCGUAUAAGUUUAAGAUGCACACCAAUGAGUCGGAGAUCUUUAUGUGCAAGUCCGGUCCGCUGAAUGCAGAUCAGUUCAAGCUCUUGAAGAAGAGGAUCGAUGAGAUGUAUCAGGUCAAUUUGAUUUUGGACAAUUUGCCUGCGAUCCGGUACACUCAGAAGGAGGGUUUUCUGUUGAGGUGGACAGGGUAUCCGGUUGGGAUCAAGGUUAAGGAUGUGUACUAUGUGUUUAACCAUUUGAAGUUUAAGGUGCUUGUGCACAAGUAUGAGGAGCCCAAUGUGGCUCGUGUGAUGGGUACUGGUGAUGGGGCGGAGGUGAUCCCAACGGUUGCAAAGACGGAUUCAGAUGUGCCCGGGUGGAUCAUUGUAGGGUUUGAGGUGAUACCUUGCAGUUUCAUGCAUAAUGCGGAUACUGUGAAGAAUUUGAAAAUUUAUGACAAGUACCCUACUGCUAUUAAAUGUGAUCCAACGACUGUGGCAAUGGCUGUCGAUGAAAAGAAGCCAAUUGUCUUUUCGUAUGAGGUUGAAUUUGAGGAGAGUGACAUCAAGUGGCCCUCGAGGUGGGAUGCUUAUUUGAAGAUGGAGGGAUCUAAGGUCCAUUGGUUCUCCAUUCUGAAUUCUCUGAUGGUUAUUACUUUCCUUGCUGGUAUUGUCCUUGUGAUCUUUUUGAGGACUGUUAGGCGGGACCUGACACGGUAUGAAGAGCUAGACAAGGAGGCUCAAGCACAGAUGAAUGAGGAGUUGUCUGGCUGGAAGCUUGUUGUUGGGGAUGUUUUCCGUGCUCCAGACCAUCCUGCCCUGCUGUGCAUAAUGGUUGGUGAUGGGGUUCAGAUCCUCGGGAUGGCAGUGGUUACCAUAUUGUUUGCCGCACUUGGGUUCAUGUCCCCUGCUUCCCGCGGGACACUUAUUACAGGUAUGCUGUUUUUCUACAUGAUCCUUGGUAUUGCUGCUGGUUAUGUUGCUGUUCGUCUUUGGAGGACAAUUGGCUGUGGAGAUAAAACAGGAUGGGUUUCAGUCUCAUGGAAGGUUUCUUGUUUCUUCCCUGGAAUCGCCUUUUUGAUUCUGACGACCCUGAAUUUCCUAUUGUGGGGUAGUCACAGCACAGGAGCCAUUCCAUUUUCUCUGUUUGUUGUUCUCAUCUUGCUCUGGUUCUGCAUUUCUGUCCCCCUUACUUUAAUUGGUGGAUACCUCGGGGCCAAGGCACCUCACAUUGAGUUCCCUGUUCGUACCAACCAAAUCCCCAGGGAAAUCCCUGCACAGAAAUACCCAUCCUGGCUGUUGGUUCUUGGAGCUGGUACCCUCCCCUUUGGCACCUUAUUCAUUGAGCUCUUCUUCAUCAUGUCUAGCAUUUGGAUGGGCCGUGUCUAUUAUGUGUUCGGGUUCCUCUUCAUCGUAUUGAUCCUUCUGGUUGUGGUUUGUGCUGAGGUGUCUCUAGUUCUGACCUACAUGCACCUCUGUGUGGAGGAUUGGAAAUGGUGGUGGAAGUCCUUCUUUGCCUCUGGUUCUGUUGCCAUAUACAUUUUCUUGUACUCCGUAAAUUACCUAGUAUUUGAUCUCAAGAGCUUAAGUGGGCCUGUCUCUGCCACUCUCUACCUGGGAUAUUCCCUCUUCAUGGUCAUCGCAAUCAUGCUUGCCACAGGUACAGUUGGGUUCCUUUCUUCAUUCUGGUUCGUGCAUUACCUCUUCUCCUCAGUAAAGCUGGACUGAAGAACUAAAGAACUUUUGCCACUCAAAAAUUGGCACUUAAACGAGUAGUGGUGAUCAUCAUGCAGGGAAGAAAGAGUCUACAGAUGUUCCUAUCGUCUUUUACUUUUCAUUUAAUUCUGUUAGAAAACUUAGUUCAUGUAAUAACAAUAAUUCGUCCAGUUUUGCGUAAUUCUUUGAUAGAUGAUAUAUCAUGGCUUAUAGUUUGAUACUCAAGUUAAAUUGAUGUUAGUUGGCUUGUGUGAUAUUAUCACUCUGUACUUGAUUAAACGCAGCCUCGUGCUGUUAAUUGUUUAUGCAUUCCAUACUCCCUCAGUUGAGAUAAAUGCCUCUUAGCUUCUUUGUUU